UACAGCAAGGCUUGCCUUAAAGAGGAAAGGGGCGGGCGCCUGUGCGUAAGAGCGUGGGGGCGGGAUCUUACGAAGGGGACGGGCGCAGCGCGUGGGAGCGGAAGGGGUGGGAGUAAAGGACGAAGGCGGGGCUAGAGGACGACAGCCUGGAGGCGGGCAGUCGGGAAGAAUAGCGCCUUUCAUAGGGUCGGACCCCCGUGGGCGUGACCAAAAUGUUGUGGCGGAUUGAAGAGGUUGGUGGGCGUGACUAGGAUGCGCUAUGAGAAAGGGCGAGAUCUACAUUUUGGGGGGCUUGGGCUAAAGGCUGAACUGGGUCGUCUCCUUUGGGGCAUGAUCAAGUCAGGGGCGUGGCCAGACUUGGCCGAUGAAGUACUUCCCACGGGGGCGGGGGCGUUGCCAGAGGAAAGAGCUGAUCCCAAAGCUGUCAUAUCCAGGGGGGCAGAGCCAAGGCAAUGGGCGUGGCCUGAAGGACUGGUGGGGCAGGACCUGGUUGCAGGUGUGGGUGUCAUCGCUCAGGUGAUCGCAGGUGCUGGGCUGGAUGUGGAUUUCACGCUGGAGAGCCCUCAGGGUGUGCUGCUGGUCAGUGAGUCCCGCAAGGCAGAUGGGGUGCACACGGUAGAACCCACGGAGGCUGGGGACUACAAGCUGUGCUUCGACAACUCCUUCAGCACAAUCUCCGAGAAGCUGGUGUUCUUCGAACUCAUCUUUGACAGCCUGCAGGAUGAUGAGGAGGUCGAAGGCUGGGCAGAGGUCGUGGAGCCUGAGGAGAUGCUGGAUGUCAAAAUGGAGGACAUCAAGGAGUCUAUCGAGACCAUGAGGACACGCCUGGAGCGCAGCAUCCAGAUGCUGACCCUGCUGCGAGCCUUGGAAGCACGCGACCGCAACCUGCAGGAGGGCAACCUGGAACGGGUCACCUUCUGGUCGGCUGUGAACGUGGCCGUGCUGCUGCUGGUGGCUGUGCUGCAGGUCUGCACACUCAAGCGCUUCUUCCAGGAUAAGCGCCCGGUGCCUACGUAGCCCGUCCCUGAAGAACAGGGAGAAGCAACGGCAGCAGGGUGCAUGUGUGUGUGACGUAGUUUCCUAUGAGAAGCGAGGCUGUAUAUUCGGGGCCUGAGGUGUGGCCCGUGUCUUCCCUUCCAGGCCAGAAUACUGGCUGGCUUGCAGGUCUGGGCCAUCCAGAAGGGGUAGCUCAGUGACUGCAUCUGCUUUCCUGGAAAUUGUACGUGGGGGGCACUGCAGCAUUUGAAUGCAACCCUGGGAUUUUCCGGCCCCACCUGUCCCCUAAAUGUGCCUUAGCCUGAGCCUUCCAGUUGCACCACCACUGCCUGGUGCAGAAUGGGAUCCAGGAAGCAAACUUUUUCUUCCCUUCCCCACUGGCCCUAUGAGCCAGGACAUGGAGGGAAGGAAGCUUGCUGCUCACGGAACCCCAUGCCUUCCUUCCCCUUCUUGUCGCUCCACCUGGGGCCUGUUGCUGCUGCUGAGAACGGACUGUUCAUGCCGGAGCUGGGAAGGAGACUCAGCUUGCAGUGUUCUUGCCAGGACAGUCGCUUUAUUGACAGGAAGGAGCCGGCCCCUUGGCCCAGCAGGGGCUAGGUGUGAGGUCUGGUAACAGAAUUCCAGGAGUGGGGCUUGCAAGUCCUUCUGCCCCUCCUGCUCUCCCUGCAGGGGCCCCAGACAGGGCUGAGGGGUAGCCUGACCGAAGCCCAUACAGGAGCCUCACAGAACAAAGGGUGGUUUGGCCUGGGGACUGGAACCAAUAAAUUAUGAUCAGAAAAU